AAGCCUAUCCUGACAGCUAUUUAAGAGCGACUGGUGGCGUGCUACUCCUCUGCUCGAUUGCAGCUCGAGAUAUGUUGAAAUAAGCUCUUCAAAACGCCGCCUCUAUAGAGCGCAAACGGAUCAGUCACCGGUAACGGGGAACUUCACAGGGCUAUAACUGCCAGGUCACCCGUUCAUACGCUAACAGAUACAGGCCGAUUUUAGUUGAUUUAUCACACAUUGCCCGCGUCCACUGAAGGGAGAAAGAAUAUUACAAAAAUAAAAUAACUUAGACUCUGGCGUGGUCCGGGUAUGUUGUAGGCUGGUGGCGUUAACAGGUAGGCGAGAUACGCGCUUGUGCUUUUCUGUUCAGUCAAGGGAAGAGAGGAGGCUUUGGCUUAAAACACACGAAAACCACGGACAGGCAGGAAGACACUACUCUCACUAAUAUCGAAUUCCAGGUCGUAUUCUCUCCGCGCAUCGGAUGGACGUUUGAUUGGUUGAUGUGAUGCCCAUAUAUAUCAUCGACCGAAAAUUUCCAGAGACCAUUGGUGAGUCGCUACAGCCAGCAGCUGAAGGAACGUUUAGCAUGGUGGAGACAGUCCCCCCUAAGUCGGCUAAAAAGCCUCGCUGGACCUCCCUGGAGAUAAGCCUGAUCACCAUUGUCUCCCUACUCUUCAUCAUCAUUGUUGUUCUCAUCGUCCUCUUUGCCACACAGAAGACAAACAGCGAUGGUGUCUGCACCACAGCGGACUGCACCCGUUCAGCGUCUCGUCUCAUAGAGAACAUGGAUCCCAAUGUGGACCCGUGUGACAACUUUUAUGAGUACGCCUGUGGAGGCUGGUUGAAGAAGAACAUCAUUCCAGAGACUAGCUCCCGAUACAGCACCUUCGACAUCCUACGAGACGAACUGGAGGUGGUGCUCAAAGGUGUUCUGGAGAGAAGCGUGGCAGGAGAGGCCAGUGCUCUGACCAAAGCUAAGACACUCUACAGAUCCUGCACUAAUGAGAGUCAGAUUGAGAACAGGGGAGGGGCUCCCUUGCUAGACAUGCUCCAUGACGUGUUUGAGUGGCCCAUAGCAACAGACAACUGGGAGACUGUCUAUGGCACCACAUGGAAGUUAGAGGAUGCCAUUGCCAGGCUCAAUGAGAAAUACGGAACUCAAGUCUUGGUGAAUUUUUUUAUCGGCACUGAUGACAAAGACUCCAAUUCGCACAUAAUUCAUUUUGACCAGCAAACAAGCCUUGGCCUCUUAUCCAGAGAUUACUAUGCCUGCACUGGCCCCUAUGAAGAGCCAUGUAGAGCCUAUGAACAGUUCAUGAUAGAUGUAGCAAAGCUGAUCCGUACUGACCGCAACCUGGUGGUCAAUGAGACGCAUAUCAGAGAAGAUGUCGCCAGGGUCCUUGGGCUGGAGAAGGAGAUUGCCAAUGCAACCGAUACUCCAGAGGACCGAAACAACCCCGUUCUGCAAUAUAACAAGAUGAAUCUGGGUGUUCUCAAUGCUAACUUCAGCCUUGAGGUGGACACAAAAAUGUUUAACUGGAGUUACUUCACCAAUACGAUCAUGGACACAGUCGGCAUCACUGUCCCUGACACAGAGAGCGUCAUCAACUAUGCACCUAACUACUAUAGACGACUCAACCCUAUCCUGAACAAAUACACAAAAAGAGAUCUGCAGAACUACAUGGUGUGGCGCUUUGUCAUGAACAUGGUGGUGGGUCUGAGCAGGCAGUACCGGGAUACCAGGAAAGCCUUCCGGAAGGCUCUGUAUGGUACUACAUCGGAGGCGGCAGUGUGGAGACAAUGUGCCAUCUAUGUCAACAACAAUAUGGACAAUGCUGUAGGGAGACUGUACGUAGAGGAGGCCUUCUCAGGGGAGAGCAAAGAAUUGAUGGACGAGAUGAUUGCCGCAAUUCGGGAGGUGUUCAUCGACAAUUUAGACCACUUGGAUUGGAUGGAUGCAGAGACUAAAAAGGCUGCAGAGGAGAAGGCACAAGCUAUCCGUGAGCGGAUCGGCUACUCAGAGAACAUCAAGAAUGAUACCUACCUGAACAACGAGUAUAAAGACUUGAACUACACUGCAGAUGAGUACUUUGAGAACAUUCUUACGAACCUUGAGCAUGUACAGAAAAAACGUCUGAGAAAGCUUCGGGUCAAAGUCAACAAAGAAGAAUGGGUAACAGGAGCAGCCAUAGUGAACGCCUUCUACUCCUCCAGCAAAAACCAAAUAGUGUUUCCCGCAGGCAUUUUGCAACCUCCAUUCUUUGGAAAGGGCCAGACCAAGUCUCUAAACUUUGGAGGUAUUGGCAUGGUGAUUGGACAUGAGAUCACUCACGGGUUCGAUGACAAUGGUCGUAACUAUGAUAAAGAUGGUGACUUGAAGGACUGGUGGACACCAAGCUCCACUCAGAAAUUUGUGGAGCUGUCCAAAUGCAUGGUGGACCAGUAUGGCAGCUUUUCCUGGGACCUGGCAAACGGGCUAAAUCUCAAUGGGAAUAACACGCUAGGAGAGAACAUUGCAGACAACGGAGGGAUUCGUCAGUCAUACAGGGCCUACCUAAACUAUGUGGAGAAAAAUGGGAAUGAGCCUCUCCUGCCUGGAAUAGCCCUGAACCAUCAACAACUCUUCUUUCUCAACUUUGCCCAGGUCUGGUGUGGAACACAUCGUCCAGAACAUGCUGUAAACUCCAUCAAAGUAGAUGUACACAGUCCAGGAAAAUUCAGGGUCCUAGGGUCCCUCCAAAACUUCCCAGAGUUUGCCAAGGCCUUCAACUGUCCCAAGAACAGUAACAUGCGGCCUGAGAAGACCUGCCAAGUCUGGUGAUACAGGCCUGACAUUAACCGGCGCCUUUUUGGGGGGUCAGAGGUGGGAUUCUCCUCUUUGUAACCCCCCUAAACCCUUUCCGACUGUUUGAGCACUAGUCUGGGAUAUGGUUACGGUCGAUGUUCCCCAGAUCACUGCAGGAUGGUGUCCCAGACUGUUACACUGACAGUACAGAACAACCACCUUUAAGGAACAAAAGAGAGCUGUUUCCAGCCAGUUCCCAGACUUUUCAGCAAAUUUGCCAAGUCAAUGCUUUUCACUGGAUAUGAUCAUGCCAAGUGUAUGUGUUUGCAAAUGUACUUUUAUGUAAAAACAACUUCUCUCUUCAUGAUUUAUUAUGUAUGUUUUUUGUAUACAAACAUGUGACAGACAGAUUUGAGCAGUUUGAAUCACUGGCAAAUAUUUUCACAUAAACUGUUGCUCUGUAAAUGUUUUACAUUAUAACAUGGGCCGCAAUAUAAACAAAAAUACAUACUACAUACUGAUAGAUUCUAGAUGAAUACACUUUAUGCUGACACCAAUCCAUACAGUCACAUUAGGGGAUUCUGUUUAAUUGUAUAUUUAAGAAAAUCAAAUUUUAUUUUACUGAAUGUACACCAAUGAUUAUAAUUAGAAUUGCAUAAAUGUUGUUGUGUACAUGAGUUAAAUGUAGUUUGAAAAUGGGUGCCAACUGUUUAUGUCCACAAGCAUUUAACCAAAAUUAAGUUGUUGCCUUGGAAUCAUUUGGGGUGUCUUAGCUGGUCAGGAAUUGAGUUACACCAAACAUACAAUAUUUUAAUGUAAGAGUUAUGUAACAUGUUUUUAGUAUGUAUGUAUUUCUGUGUGUGGGGUAUGUGUGUGCAUGCAUGUGUCAGUGUGUGUGCUACACUUCUAGAAGACUAAAAUAACCAAUAGUGCUACUGUUAUUUUGUGUUUGAGGCGGAGUAAGAGAUUAGUAACUGAACAUACGUUGAACACACCCCCCCCACACACAUUGAAAGUUUAUACCAAAGAUUGGCCAUCUUAAUUACCAUGAGCCUGUGUGGUUUCCAGCAAUCUGAAAUAGUAUUUCUCUGAUAAAAAAUAUGCCAUAUAUAACCUUGCUUUUCUUUCUCAUCUGUUUCUCCAUUUCUCUCACUCUCCCUCUUCACCCUCUCUGUCUCCCUGUCUCACUUUUUCUCAUACACACAAACACAGCAAAACAAAUCAAACAUGAUCUCCUAGUCGAUUUUGACUGGUGUCAUUAAGGAACUUAUUUUCUAAAGGUGUGUGUAAAUACUGCAAUUCAGGUUUUAUUGAACUGAGUUGUGUUUCAUUAUUUUUUUCUUUUAUUCCUGACUGUAAAAGCAGUUUCACUAGCAAACGUGUUUGUUAAAUCAGGCACUAUGUGGUAUCAAACAAACUGUAUUCAUUGCUUUUCUUUGUAACGAAACGUGCCUCUAAACAGACUGUAGCUGUAUACUUGCAAACUUUUGCUUAAACCAGAGGCCUGCUGAUAACCGAUGCCAGUCAGACACUGUUAUCCAAAAUGCUCACGGACAAACAGCACAUCUGGCAAACAGACCAACUUGUCCAACAAAGGAAGAUUCUAAACAUCCAACAAAAAUUAAUGUUGCUUCUGGACCUCAAACAGUAAAUUGCAUGUUGUUUCGUUGACUGUAGGCCACUGACUUUAAACAAAGUUUAAAAAAAAAGUUUCUUUUGUAUAUACAUUUUUUAAGAAAAACAGAAUGCAAUAAUGUGCAACUCAUGUAAACCUGUGAAAACAGUACAUCGCUGCAUCCACAAAUGCAAGUUGAUACAAGUUAAAACUCUACCAUGCAAAGGAGAAACCAUAUAUAAACAAAAUCUAGAAACUUUGCCACCUUCUCUAGGCCCAAGUUAAUUUAAGAUGGCCUGAGAGUAAGUGGAAAACUGUCCUGUGAUCUGACUAAUCAAAAUUAACAUUUUGUUUUGGGAAUCAUGGGCACAGCGUCCUUCAGGCUUAAAUAAAACCAAGUAGGAAGACUAUUUUGAUAUUAGUUGCUCCAUUGUAUAGUAGCAAUUUCACUAUUUUUAUCAUAGUAGUUUCUUAGUUUGUUGAAGAAGUUACUCUGAAGUACAAAGGAUAGGAUCACAAUGAGUUCAAAUCGCACUUGGAGGAAUCUUUAUUUAUAGGUUAAGCACAGUCAUUUGGAUUCCUAAAUGAAAUCGUUUUUUUCUCUUAGUUAAACAUCACUCAUAAUUUUUAUCUUGAAAAAGUUUCUUAUGUCAAACUUUCAGGAUGAAAGUAAACAGAAUUGGCAGGGAAAUAGCUGGCUGAGUGGGUGGGUAGUUUAUCUUGACUGCUAGUUCUUUGAAAACACCUGUCAAGCAACAUGGACGCAGUGAGCUGUGUGGCACUGAGGGGAUCUCAAGCAGCUUCGCUUAUAACCAAAGCAGCUCAAACAACAUUAAAAUGGCAAGAAAUAUGCAAUCCUGUCAUACAUCACAUCAUGGUUUUGCAAAAUAUUUGUUCAUCCAACUGUUUUGUUAUUGUAACAGCAUGAAAACAAUGAAAGCCUCAGAAGCACUGUUAGAAAAUACUUUGUUUUGGAAAAUGCCAGGGUGAGAUCUGGUUAUAUUGACUGUAAGGCAAUGUUAAAAUAGUCAAAAUAUGUAUGAAGCUCAUAUUUGUGUCUCUUGAAAUGGCUUUUUUGCAGUCCCAUGAUCAUCUGAAAAAUCCAAACUUACCAACAGAUAUUGUUUUUGAAAAGAAAAUAGUCACAACUGAUUCUAGUCAAUUCAAACAGCAAUUGGCAAAUUAAAACAUAUUCAAAGCCUGUGGUAGGUAUUGUAUAGAAUAAAAUACAUGUAAAAAAAUAUAUUCUCUUAAACAUUAAUUACAUUUUGUUUACUGCAAAUUGAUUUAGACAAACUUAUUGUUGUCAAAGUCCCAAUCAGACCUAGAGCAGAAAUGUUUUCUGACAUUUGCUUUUAAAUACAUUUCAAUUGUGUGGAGUUUUUUGGGCAACACAUCACUGCUUUUAUCAGUGAUGCCUGAUAGCCAGUAUAGCUGUCACCAGAUGAAUUAAAUAUGAAAUCUAUAAUCACAGCAUAUAGAUGAAUGGUGAGAAACUAUAUUGCUGAUAUGCUGAAGUGCAAGUUUUGCACCAGUAGACCAGCUAGUUAUCUAUGUAAAAAAAAAAUAUCCCAAUAUGACAACAAGCCAUCUGUGAUGUUAGAUCAAAAUGUACUGUUACCAACAAAAAGAGGUAUAUUUAAAACAGGUAUAAGAAUAAGAGGUAUCACAAAAUCUGCCUCAAUAGUCUUGUUUUUAACAUAGGAAAUAAGUACUUCAAAAAUUAAAACAACUGUACCUUUUUACAUUUUUUGCUCAUCCUACUUUGAUCUGGUUUCAUUGUAGAUAUCAUCCAAUUUGAUAAAAACAUAAUUUUAGGAAUUUUAGGAACAUCAAUUAAAGGAACUACCUCUCCACAUGUCCAAUAAUUCAUAGUGUGACAAAGUCAAUCAUUAUAAAAAUGUGUAUGAAACUAUACUAGUCUGCAUGUACUGUAGGUGUAUACACAUUCAUGUAAUAUUGACUAUAGUAUGAAUAUUAGAUCCUUUUAAUGUACUCGCAUACAAGGCUGAGGAUGUUGCGAUAUAGUUGAUUUGAUUAGUAGUGUUCUGUCAAGGACUCUUUUGUGAAAUUAGCUGAUACUGAAUCUGUUACCAGAUAUAAUGUUAUGCUAACCUGGUUCUACUAAGAGACUAAAUGUUUCAUUUUGACCUAUGAUAAAAGCGUCAGCUAGCCAUUUUACACCACAUAUAAAAACCUUAGGUAUAAGCAAAAGCUUGCAAGUAUGGCCCCACUGUUUCUGAAAGGGUCACCUUUUUACUGUCAUUCUGUGUAUGAUCUCAUCUUCACACACACUGUACACCAAUCUCACUCGUAGAUGGAUGUACAGAUAUACCUCAGUUGCCUGUAUUUAGAUAAUUUAUAUCAAAACGAAAAAAAUCACAAUAAUAAUAAUAAUGAGAGUCUUGAGGAGUAUAUUGCUGUUUUAUUAAUAAAUUGUUAAGGACAAUGUGG